CUUGUGUUUAGUUUUGGCCACAACCUGAUUAUAGUAUUUAAGUCCUAACUACAAGUCUGUGUCGUGAAGCCCCAUUUACAAUAAAAAUGGAGUUGAGCGUUGUAUCCGCUCUGUGGUGUUUUAUUCCUCUUUUCUUCUUCAUCCACCUGCUUUGUUUCAUCCUCGCCGAUGCUGACUUCACUCUGCUACGGGCAGCUCUGUGUGGACACAGGCCAGAGGCCAAACUGAAAGGGCUGGUUGCGUGGAUCACUGGAGCCUCCAGCGGUAUCGGAGAGGAGCUGGCCUACCAGAUGGCAAGGUGUGGGUCACGUCUCAUCCUGUCUGCUCGCCGUGAGGAUGAGCUGAACAGGGUGAAACGUUACUGUUUGGAGUGCUCCAACCUCCAAGAUCAGGAUAUUCUUGUACUCCCACUUGAUUUGUUGGAGAUGUCGUCCCAUGAGGAAAAAACCAAGGCUGCGAUCCAGCAUUUUGGACAUAUUGAUAUCCUGAUUAAUAAUGGCGGCCGAAGCCAGCGCUCUUUGUGCUUGGAGACCAGUGUUGAUGUGUACAAGGCCUUGAUGGAGCUCAACUUCCUGGGUACAGUCUCAAUCACCAAGCAGGUGCUGCCUCACAUGACACAGCGAGGUACUGGUAGCAUUGUGACCGUCAGCAGUGUAGUCGGCAUCGCUGGUGCACCACUGUCCACAGGAUACUCUGCCAGCAAACAUGCCCUGCAGGGAUUCUUUAAUUCCCUUCGGACUGAAUUGACUGACUAUCCAAAAAUACUCAUCAGCACCGUGUGUCCAGGGCCUGUGCAAUCACAGAUAGUCCACAAUGCCUUCACAGAGGAAGUAAACAAGCCUGUGGCCACAGCUGGCAGCCAGGAGUACAAGAUGACCACAAGCCGCUGUGUGCGUUUAAUGCUGGUGGGAAUUGCCAAUGGUGUCAAGGAAAUGUGGAUUGGACAGCAGCCCUUCCUCCUGUUUUUCUACGCCUGGCAGUACACUCCCACAUUUGCCUGGUUCAUCUCAAACAUGUUGGGUAGGAAGAGGGUGCAGAAUUUCAAAGCCGGUCUGGAUGCAGACGCAGCAUACUUCACAAAACCUAAGACGUCCUGAAGAGGAAAGAGUUUCCAUCUAUGGAGGAAAAUAUUUUAGGGCUUAAAUGCUGUGAAAAGCGUUCUGCUCCCAGGGCAUGGCUGGGUCGUAGAAAAAGUUUUCACCUUUUAAACAUUUCUUUUUUGAGUACAUAACACUGUUUUCAUCUCAAAGUGUAAAAGAAUGUUCUUGUAUGUUAUUUUUGUAAGGUUCUUUUUAUGUGGCAUAGAGCACUAACCAUUUGAAUGCCUAAUAAAACCCAAUUUGGUUCAUA